AGUUGCAUUAUGGGAGACAGAUGAUUGACACGGCCGCCAUUUUGCUCCUGCUCUCUCUGCUUCCAUUGUGUGAGAGAUAGUAAAUAUCUGACACUGCCAGACAACCACAACUCACUUGUGUUCCUGCGAAGAAAAAGCGCUAAAUUCACCCUCGGUGAUACUUUGUCGCAAUGGCUCGUACCAAGCAGACUGCCCGUAAGUCCACUGGAGGAAAAGCUCCUCGUAAGCAGUUGGCCACCAAGGCUGCCCGCAAGAGUGCCCCCUCCACUGGUGGUGUCAAGAAGCCCCAUCGUUACAGGCCUGGUACAGUGGCUUUGAGAGAAAUCCGUCGGUACCAAAAGUCCACUGAGCUGCUGAUUCGUAAGCUGCCCUUCCAGCGCCUGGUGAGGGAGAUCGCUCAGGACUUCAAGACUGACCUGCGUUUCCAGAGUGCUGCCAUUGGAGCUCUGCAGGAGGCCAGCGAGGCGUACCUGGUGGGUCUGUUCGAGGACACUAACCUGUGUGCCAUCCAUGCCAAGCGUGUCACCAUCAUGCCCAAAGACAUCCAGCUUGCACGCCGCAUCCGUGGAGAGCGCGCUUAGACGCACUCCCUAAUGUUUCUCCUCUGUCCUGUUUUUCUUUACCCGUCCCUGCCCUCACUCCUUUAUUCUACUCCACCCACCCACCCCUGUCACCCUCCCUCUCCUGCCUGCCCAGCUUCUCAGUAGACUUUAGAGUAAUCCUGAUUAUGAAGAGAUAGAAAUAUGUCGAAGUCUGGUCUCUCAUUGGUUUUUUGUCUUCACCAAAUGUUUUAGGGUACCUUUUUCGUGCAUGUAAAGGCUUUGCAGAUCAGAGGCACAUGUGCACACAUAGUCAGACAUGCGUCUCUGAGUUUGGGUGGUACCUCCAACAUGAAGCCCAUCCUUGAGCUCACCUGGAUUCUUCCAGGGUAGGUGGCCAGUGGGUGUGGUUUGUGUGGCAGACAGGGCUGAAGCAGAGGGAUGUGGCCAAGGGGCUAGUCUGCUUAAGGGGAGCUGCAACUUCCACAGCAGGGUGCUAUUAAAGCUAGUCCUGAGGCCUCUGCCCCAUCUGAACACCCUCCUCCCCUCCCCUCUCGCCCAGUCCGUCCCUCUACACCCCAUCUCCCCCCAUGCUCUGCAGCUGCAGCCAGACGGCUCGCUUUACCUUUUCAAACCACCUCCUUCAUCUCUGUAAUGUGCACUGGGAGGGGACGGCGGUCUGUUGAUCUGUUUGUGUGGAUGUGUGAGCUCUGAUCUUUAAACCACUUGUACUCAACACACAAAAAUCUUUUGGUUGCUUCAGAAUAUUGAUUAUCGUUGUUGAUAUGGUGUCUAUUUUUUUUACACUUAUAAUUCAUGGACGAGCAUCUCUUCUCUUUACCACUUCCAAAAUCAUGAAAUUAAGAGAAAAAAAGCAAUUAAUAUUGUCAUCAUGGUUAUCAUUUGUUUGUUUUUUUCUUUUUUACAGUGAUCUGAUUUGCUAUAGAAAAUCAGGAAGGGCUUCUCUGUUUUCCAAGGCAACUUCUAUUCUAAUGGCAGCCACAAGGGGGCGAUAGUUUACCAUCUCCUCUGUUCAAUUGUUCACUGUAGAUCAGUCAUCACAUUCUGCUCCUGUCUCUCUCUCUGUCUUUUUCUCCACAGAUAGGUUUUAGUUUUCGUCACAACAGUAUGAAUUGACAUUAUAGUGAAAGUUACACUCUGCAUGUUUAGGGUCUGUGUGUCUCCUGCUCUCUGUAGAUCUGCACAUAUAAUCUGUCCCUUUCUCAAAAUUUGUGAUACACAAUAUAACCUCAUAUUUGUUUUCUUUUAUAUUUUUCUUAUUCCUCAAGAUUUUCAGACGUAUAAAUAAGCCAAUCUUUGUAUUUUCCAAAUUUCUCAUAUUAAGGUGGUAAUAAAUAGGUGUUAAAACAAA